AUGCCGCAUUCUCAAUACGGUAUGAACCACUACGGUUCCUCGCAGUCGUCCUACUCAUCAGGCUACCCACCAGCGAGCCAGCAAGGCUAUUCAGACUCCAGAUCAUCAACAUCCGGAGGCUAUACUCCAUCGUAUGCGCCUAGCCCAGGACAUCAGUACGAACCGCAGCAAAGGAUGAAGGAGGAGCAAAGUGUGCUACCGCCGUAUCAGCCGCAGCAUCCGUCUUAUUCUCAUCGUAGCUAUCAACAGCAACCAUUGGAGUCGGUGCGACAAAGUUCUAGUGCGGGGGGAUACUCAUACCCUGCGCCUCAUAGCAACCUACCGAGCCAAAGCAUGGAGAAUAGCCCCUCAGCCUAUCCACCACCAGCCUUGUACCCACCAAAUACAUACGGCAUGAACGACUAUCGCGUGUCCCUUCCAACUAUUUACCCACCCUCAUCAACACCUGCCGCAUAUUCUGCAUAUGACCAUCCCCGGGGCAUUCCACCACCACCGGACAGCAACAUUCCUGCGCUCUCCUCGUCUCCGAGUAAUCAGAACGGCUCUGUAAUGCCGCGUGUUCUGAAUUCACGACCAAAGCCGCAAUGCUUUGAACAUGGAUGUAACGGCCGACAAUUUUCAACAUUUAGCAAUCUCCUACGGCACCAGCGUGAGAAGUCAGGAACCGCGACGAAGAGCCAGUGUCCGAGAUGCCACGCAGAGUUCACACGCACCACUGCUAUGAAGGGCCAUAUGCAGCAUGACAAGUGCAAGGCUCGCAGACCAUCAGAAGUAUCGAACAUGUCGAGAUGA